CGUUUCUGCGUGUUAGUGUUAUACCACACAAGUAUGCCAGUAUAACAGCAAAAUUGCCGUUGGCACGCGCUUUUUGUUUCUUUUCUAGUCUAGGUUGGCAUUACAAAGCAAUUUUCCUCUGACUUGUCUCUGUCGCGGAUAAUUUCGCAAUCAUGGAUGGUAGCCAGGAAACUAUUGAACAAAUCCAAGCUGAAGUUGAGGCAAUGCAAAAAGAAGCCAAAGAAAAUGCCGGCGAGAAGACGGAAAUUGCACAACCUACACCAACAUCGCCGCAACCACCGCCAGCUGAACCCACUCAGCCGCAGCAGCAGCAGCAGGAACAAGAAGAAGAACCAUCUGCAACCAUACCAGCUGCAACACCACCCAAACACAUUGAACUCGAUGGAGAUGAUGAAGAUGAGGACGACGAUGAUUUCGAUGAAGAUGAGGAAAAGGAUAAUUCGCAAAAGUUGGUAAUGGAUUUGGAAGAAGAGGAGGAGGAAGAUGAAGCCGAGGAAUUGGAAAAGGAUGUUCAAAAAGUAGAUGGAGCCAAUGGCAGCAAUGAUAGCAUUCCAAAGGGGGAGAAUAAAAAAGAAGAACAGCCAAUGGAAGAAAAGACAAUUGUGCCAGAGAAUGUCGCAGAGAUCCCUAAAGCUGCUGUGCUUCCCAAAGAAGAUAAGGCCGUGACACUGUCCGAUACCGAAGAAGUACCCAAUGUCCCAGAAGGCAACGCAAAACCGGGUAAGGUACAAAAACGUAAGAGUGUGGGCGCAACUGCAACAGCCACAGCCAAUGAUGAGGAACGUUAUCGCCUGAAGCGACGUAAAAUUAAGGCAGUGGGAGCCCCCAAAAUGCCUCUGACUGGCUAUGUCCGUUAUAUGAACGAUCGCAGGGAGACAGUACGCAAAGAUAAUCCCACCAAAACUUCCAUUGAGGUAACCAAAGUUAUUGCCGAGGAAUGGCAAUCGCUGUCCAGCGACGUCAAAAGUGAAUAUCUGAAAGCGGCCGAGGCAGAUAAGCAAAGGUACCUCAGUGAACUACACACAUUCCUAAAAUCUCGACCCGACAUUUUAGCCAGUGAGCUGGCUAAGAAUAAACCACGUAAGGCUGAAGUGGGUAAUACAAAUACAGCGGCUAACACAAAAUCUAGUGGCAGCAACAAGGAUAAAAUCCAAACCCCACAUGAAAAUGCAAAAUCUUCAAAAGAGACAGCAAAAGAGAAAACCCAAACAAAAGAUUCGUCAUCAGCAACAACAUCAUCUUCACAAAAUUCCGAAAAACAAUUGGAUAAGAAUCGUCUAAAACGCACUCCAACGCCACCAUUCAAUAGCAACAACAAUUUCGCAUCAUCAUCCGCAUCAGCGGCCACUUCUGUGACCGGUUCAUCGGCAGCCUCAACCUCAGCUGCUGCCAAUGCAACGUCCUCGACUUUGCUCACCCACACCCCCGGUGAAAUACCCAUUUUUACAACGGAAUUUCUAGAACAUAAUAAAAUUUGUGACAUAGAACUACGUUCGCUGCGUAAAUCUAAAACCGAUUUGGAACAACAGAAUUUCGUACUCGAAAAACACGUUGAAAAUAUGAAAUCUGGCGUUGAAAAAAUGCAAUUGGAAAACAACGAAUUGGAGGUGAAAAAUAGACUUUUAGAAAUUUAUUUGGAAAAAUUGAAAAAGAAAUUGGCACAGGCUUUGUCCACGCUGCCACUACCAACGGCUCCGUCCGGAGCCACGGUGGAGAAUAUAGACAAAUAUAUGCAAGACUUGUAUAAAAUGUCCACCUCAAAUUCCCAUGGUCCGGCCACAUUGAACAAGGCCAAGGAUAUAAUCAGGAAAUUGGAUUUACAAAUACAAUUGUAAAAUAUAAGCUGCCAUCAUGUCGUUUACUAUUAUUUUUGUAAGGAUUAGGUUUAUAUUUUAGAUGAUUAAAUUAAGUUUUUUUUCUAUGAUAAGUUUUUAGACGGUGUAAUAAAUAAAGAAGAGUACUUUG